UGUUUUUAUUUGAACAGAUGUUACAACAUCUGUUAUGAUUUAGUACUCGUAUUAGUCGCUAAAAUCAUCCCUAGCAAAAUUGAAGUAGAAUACUACUUUAUCAGUCUCCCACAUCAAAACUACGAUGUGGCAAUUGAUUAAUAGAUACGGCGUAGACCAUUGAUAUUCCAUGUAUAAGACUAUUGUUAUAAAAUAAAUAUCAGUUUUAAGGGAAUAAGGUUAGAACAGCUGUAGCAACAGAGUAUUUGACGUGUCAGUGCAGUUGCAAAUGGCGGGCACCAAUGGUGACAUUUCCUUAGUAGGGAAGAAAAUCGAAAAAUUAACGGUAUCUAAGGAAGAAUCAACGAAGGAUGAGAAUGAUAAAGAGAAGAAAAAGAAGUCGGAAUCCCAUUUUUGGGGAUUCGAGACUCGAGAAUUGUAUAAAAUCGCGAUUAAUUUUUAUAAAGAAAAAGAGGGUAAAGCGGUUCACCUGUCUUAUGAAGACAAAUUAAAAUUGGUGGCUUUUACUCAACAAGUAACACAUGGCAAGUGCACAGCUGAAAAUGCACCGCCUUUGGGUGUGUUGGAUGUAAUUGGAAAGGAUAGGCGUUUAGCAUGGCACAAUUUAGGAGAUAUAUCUAAGGAACAGGCAAUGGAAGGAUUUAUAGUUUUAUUGGAUAAGUUAUGUCCAUUGUUUAGAACAGUUGUGGAAGCACAAAGAAGGGACAAUGAAGAAAAAUUACGGCUAAAGAAGGAAGAAGAGGCAAGAAAAUUAGAAGAAGAAAGGAGAUUGAAAGAAUUAGACGAACAAAAAAAGAAAGAAGAAGAAGCUAGAUUAAAAGAAGAGAUUCAAAGGAGACAAAUUCAAGAUGCCUUAAACCAACAAACGUAUUAUCAAUUUAAAGUAUAUGCAGAACAACAGUACCCUGGUAACCCAGAACAGCAAGGUGUAUUAAUAAGGCAGUUACAGGAGCAACAUUAUCAUCAGUAUAUGCAACAAUUGCGUCAGAAUCAAUUAGUAAUUGAAGAUCAAAGCCCAGAUACGAAUAAAGUAACAGCAGAAAUUGAGGAAACAAAGGAGCACAAAGAAACGAGUGAAACAGCUCCCUUAAAUGAUGAAGAUUCAGAUGAGCUACCAGAGGAUUUUCCACCUAUAGUUCCUGCAGAAAUGUGGACAAGAAAAGGUGUGGAGGAAUUCAAAGAAACUAUCAGGAGAGAAGCCGGUGAUGCUGUUAUUAAAGUUGGACAUGGAGAAAUUGUAACUGUAAGAGUGCCAACCCACGAAGAUGGUUCCUGCUUGUUUUGGGAAUUUGCAACUGAUGGUUAUGACAUUGGUUUUGGAGUAUAUUUUGAAUGGUCAAAACCAGAAACAAAUCAAGUAUCGGUACAUAUAAGUGAAUCUGAGGAUGAAGAUGAGGAAGAUGACGAUUAUGAUUCUAAAGAAGAUUUGGAAAGUGGAGUAUCCACUGGUACCAUUCAGUCUGACUACAAACCAUUGCCACCACCUAUAAGCGUGAUUGUACCUGUAUAUAGGAGAGAUUCGCAAGAAGAAAUCUAUGCAGGGAGUCAUAGAUAUCCAGGACAGGGAGUGUAUCUUCUUAAGUUUGAUAAUUCGUAUUCAUUGUGGCGAAGUAAAACGCUUUAUUAUCGAGUCUAUUACACACAAAACGGCGUCGUGUAAAAUUAGCUUUGUCGAAAGUCACUGCGAUUUGCUGACCGUACAAUCGUUGUAAACUAGCCCACCACGAUGGUCUGCCGGAUACUGCUAGUCCAACUAAACGAAGAGUCCUAUAUCUAAUUUUCUGUUCAUAUAAAGUCGAGUGUUCGCAAGAAAAAAAAAUAUACUUAUUAUUAUAGUUAUGUAAAGACACUUUAUUGUUUAAUAUGGCAAGCAAAGUGGGCACAAGUAAAAAGAAGAAGGUUCCUAUUACUCCCCUUCCUGUGAAUGUUUAUAAACGAGCGAAACAAAAGUAUAUACAAGGUCGAUAACAACAGUACAUACGCAUCGAAGAAGUUCUUUGUAUCCGAUAUAUUAGUGUCGUAUUCGAUUAUAUAUUAUGCCAGUAAUGUAUCGGUGACUCUAUGCAUAAUAUUGUUUUCCCUGGUCAGAUUUUAGUCUGUCUUUGUUAUUAUCUCACUCAUGUCUGUGUCUUAUACUUUUAUUGAUACUGUCUCAAGUUUUAGAAAAA